CAGGUCCAUAUUGGUGCAUUGUUCGCGGUGCAGCUGAGGGCCGGUGACCAGCGCUCUCCAAUCCGACGGGGACUGGAUGGCAUUCAUCCAGUCAUGAAGGCAGUCUUUGUUCUCGCGUGCCUGUUGGUGGCCGUCACUGCCAAGCCUGAGCCGCUGGGAUUUGGAGCAGGACUUGGACUUGCUGCUGGAGGUGCCAGCUCGGGAGGGUUCCAGGCCCAGAGGGGUGGCCUCUUUGGUUCUGGAGGUUUCCAGGGAGCUAACAGCCAUGCUGGGGGCUUCGCUGGUCUGGGCGGCGCCUCUCUGAACUCUGCUGGCAGUCAUCUGGGGCAGGGUACUGGUCUACUCGGAGGUCGCCAGUUCGCUAACACCGGCGCCCUCAGCCAUCAGUUCGGACGCUAGAGGUCAUCAGGUCAUCAGUUUGGACGCUAGAGGUCGUCAGGUCAUCAGUUUGGACGCUAGAGGUCGUCAGUCUACCAGUUUGGACUUCUGAGGGCGUCAGUUCACCACCAACGGCGUUUUCGGUCAUCAGUUGAGAAGCUAACGCGGUGAUUUUAUAGAUGGAUUUCAGCUCGAUGCGUAUCGGUCUUCGAUAAAGGCGCUACAUUUUUUUUUUUUUUAAAUGUUUUAGGGGUUGCAACAGAAUGGCAUUUGCAUGUGGCGCUAGUUUUGUGAAACAAUAAAUUGGCACCAGCUGA